AUGGGCCUCCCCGAUCAGGUAGUUGUCCUUCUGUGCAUCUUAGCCGCCGCGGGUGCUGUCUGCGUCGGCUUCGCUUUUCAGAGGCUGUUUGGCAGAGGAGAUCUGGACGAGGGCGGUUUCAAUCACAAGAAACCCGAGCAAGAAGCGUAUAUGAGGGAGGUGCGCUCCAGGAACAUGGUGAUGGCCUUUGGGGACAUCAGGCCGCCGCAUCACCAUCCCCGAGAGAUAUGA